AUGCGAAAGAUUUUGAAUGAAGAGGAAUAUUUUCGUCAUCUAAGAAAUAGUAGGCAUGUUUCUGAAGACUAUAGUCUCUCUUCCUGGGACGAAAACGCCAAAAGGUAAGAAAGCUUCUGAGUUUUGCCGACACGGAAAAAUAUUUAUUCGCCUCCUGAAAAGAGCCUUUUAGUAGCUAUAAAAGACAUAAAAUAGUAAUAUAAAUUGUUAAAACUAAGAAAAAACGUGUCUGGUUUUAUAAAAAAGGGAAUAAGAAACUGUUGGCAUGCUUCUGAAGACGCAAAAAGGUAAGUCCUCGUGUUAUGAUGCGUGACAUUUUCGCUCACACGAAAAAUAUUCAUUCGCCUACUGAAAAGAGCUUUUAGCGGCUAUAAAACACAUAAAAUAGUAAUAUAAAUUGUUAAAACUAAAAAAAAAAUUCUGUCUGGUUUUAUAAAAAAAGGAAUAAGAAACAGUUGGCAUGUUUCUGAAGACGCAAACAAGUGAGUCCUUGUGUUACGAUGCGUGACAUUUUCGCUCACACGGAAAAUUUUUAUUCGCCUACUGAAAAGAGCCUUUUAGAAGCUAUAAAACACAUAAAAUAGUAAUAUAAAUUCUUAAAACUAAAAACAAAAAAAAACUGUCUGGUUUUAUAAAAAAGGAAUAAGAAACAGUUGGCAUGUUUCUGAAGACGCAAACAAGUGAGUCCUCGUGUUAUGAUGCGUGACAUUUUCGCUCACACGGAAAAUAUUUAUUCGCCUACUGAAAAGAGCUUUUUAGCAGCUAUAAAACACAUAAAAUAGUAAUAUAAAUUGUUAAAACUAAAAAAAGAUCUGUCUGGUUUUAUAAAAAAGGAAUAAGAAACAGUUGGCAUGUUUCUGAAGACGCAAAAAGGAGAGUCCUCGCAACGUAAGAAAUCAGAUAUCUGUGUCACGUGACCACUUAUGGUCGAGUCCAAGAAAGAAAAGAAAACUAAAAAUGGGGUGGCGAGAUGCCACCCAGUAUAUAUUAAAUACAAUAUUUUUGUUAUUGUAUCAUCGUUUCUCGCUUGAAUCUGGCCGGAAUGGUUGACUCACGUUUUUAUUUAAUUAGUAAUUAAGCAAAAUAGGUCACGUUACACUCUUCACCAGUUAAUAUCUUUUUAAGAAAUUAAGAAUUCUCUCCGUUCCUGCCACAGAAAAAAUUCGUACGGCUGAAAAAACAUUUACACAUGGUUCAAACUUAGUUGUAAUCAACCAUUCCUACCCUAUUUUGAAUUUCUUUUUGAAUAUCAUUAUGACGUCACGUUUCACGUGACUACAUCAGUUCAACCCUAGUUAAUUCAACACCUCAAAAGAAAGUUUCUCGAAAGUUUUUUGUAACUUUUAGAAUUAAAAUGCAUGGCCGUAGAAGAAAAACAGCUUUAUCUUCGCGGGGGGUCGAGACCAAAAAUUGAGCCAUGCUUUAACAUGCUUAAGCACUGAAAAGAGCUUUUUAGGAAUAAGAAACAGUUCGCAUGUUUCUGGAGACGCAAAAAGGUGAGUCCUCGUGUUAUGAUGCGUGACAUUUUCGCUCACACGGAAAAUAUUUAUUCGCCUACUGAAAAGAGCUUUUUAGCAGCUAUAAAACACAUAAAAUAGUAAUAUAAAUUCUUAAAACUGAAAAAAAAACCUCUAUGGUUUUAUAGAAAAGAUUCUCAAUAACGCAUAGGGUUUGUGAAAUAAUCUUCGCCAUUUCUACAUGGGUCUCAAGUUACUAAGUGUGGUAGAUAUAAAUCAGCGCACUACUCCACCCUGCCCUUACUCUGCCCCUAACCCAUCUGUUGGUAAAGAAGGGGAGCAACAAAGAAGCAGUGUAAUAAUAGAAUUUUUUGCUGCAGGACCACUUUUGUGGCCGCAAGUUUGAAAGCUAUUCUAGCCAAUAGUUGGAAGUGUGGAAUACCUCUCCGAAGAAUUAUCGAACUUUUUCUCUAUUUCAUGAACUAGUAUACUCAUCGUUGCUUAUCUUCUCCAGUAAUCAUAUGAUUUCGAAGGAAAGGUGCCCCGCAACACAGGGACUGUGGUCCUCAUAUUGAUUAAUAUUGAUUUAGUUACCAAACCUUAGUUUUCCUUUGAAGUGUGGGAGAUAGUGGCCAGUGCACCACUCUCCCCCUCGCACUAGAAAUCAAUAAAAAAGAGGGAUUAAUCUAUAUAACAAUCUAUCUCUUUAAAAAAGUUGUUUAGUAAGAAAUUGGUAAUCAACGUUCAAAGUCAGUCAAAGUUUUACAUAAAUGCAACAGAAGAGCAGUUGGUGCUGUUAAAUAGAUCAAUUAUUUUAUAUGUGUGUGCUGUUUGACAAUGAUUACUACAAAUUUUUGCCGUUUAGUGACUGUGCGCCAAAACAAGUCAUUUUAUUGCAACCAUCUGAACUUCUAACUACUUUAUUGAAAACCUUUUAAUUCCUUCUUCAACUUUUCUUUGUUUUUUUUUUUGUUUCCCAGCGUUGCUAAGUUGAAUAACCACGAUAGGUUUGGCUACCUGCAACCGAAAACAAUGUUCCUUUGUGGAAUGUGCAAAGCUGAGAUUAAGUCCCUUGUCCAGGAAACUGUUUUCGCUCCCAAAAAAUACACCAUUGAAGAAGAUGGAACGCAUGUUGCCGAAAAGUCUUUCCUCUACAACGUAGGAGAGUUUGUGUAUUAUGAUAACGCUGACAACCUCUGCUCCUUAUUAUUGCAAGUGGUAAAAGUUGUUUUUUUAGUCAACAAGGAUGGGGACGUUCUCGUUAUUACAGCAUAUCCAACAAAUGUAAGUAUCAAA